AUGAAGUAUCUUUUGCUUCUGUCUCUCCUCACAUGCCUUUCAUUUUGUGUUGGGGGAAAGAUCUUUGGACGCUGUGAAUUGGCCCGAGUGUUGAAGAAAUCUGGCUUGGAGGGAUAUCGUGGAUACAGUCUGGCUGAUUGGGUCUGCUUAGCCUUCUAUGAGAGCCACUUUGACACAGCGCUUGUGGACCAUGAAGCUGAUGGCAGCACCAGUAAUGGCAUCUUUCAGAUUAACAGUCACAUCUGGUGUGAAGAUUAUAAACACACUAAACCAAACAUCUGCCAAAUGCAUUGCAGUGAUCUGCUGACAAGUAACAUCAACGAUGAUAUCGUCUGUGCCAUGCGGAUUGCACAAGGACCCAGAGGCCUGGGAUCUUGGAUGGGUUGGAGAGAAAAUUGUGAAGGUCUACAAUUGUCUGUCUGGUUGAAAGGAUGCAAACUAUGA